AUGUCAAAGAAGGGAACGUCAUUUACUCUCCAAUUUUAUCAUAAGUAUCGAUUAAAGAGUUCGAUUUUGAAUUCAGAUAUAGAAGAUAAGAAAGCUAUCUACAACAAAAUGGUGCAAUCAGAGACUCAGGAGCCCAUCGAAGGUGAUACAGCAACCAGCAAGAAGGCGGCCAAGAAAGCCGCUAAAGCUGCAGAAAAACAACAGAAAAAAGCCGACAGUAGGGCCGCCACUGCACCUGAAGCACCUGAACCAGAUGUAUCUGAAGGCAAAUAUGGCAAUCUCAAGAUGAUCCAAUCGUCGGGGGAGAAUAGGGAGAGAUUGUAUACCGACGUGAAGGACCUAGGUGUUGCAUUGCAUGGCAAAAAUGUGUGGGUUCGAGCACGUCUUCAAACAUCCCGUGCCAAAGGAAAACAAUGUUUCGCAGUACUUCGUCAGAGCUCUAGCACUGUACAACUCUUGGUCAGUGUGAAUGAAAAUGUUAGCAAGCAGAUGGUCAAGUUUACUGGAAACAUUACAAAAGAGUCUAUAAUCGACGUGAACGCGACAGUAGUGAAGACGGCGUCCCCGGUCGAGUCCUGCACAAUACAAAAUGUGGAACUGUCAGGGCUCCAAGUGUGGCUCGUGUCGGGGGCGAAGUCCCAAUUGCCGUUGCAAGUGGAAGAUGCGGCUAGGCCCGAGAGUGAUGACCCAGAAGCACUCAAGAUAAGAGUGAACCAAGACACGAGACUCGAUAACCGCGUGCUUGACCUGCGCACGCCCGCAAACCAGGCAGUGUUCCGGAUCGAGGCCGGCGUGUGUCGCCUUUUCCGUGAUAUACUUACUAAACAAGGUUUCGUAGAAAUCCACACACCGAAGAUCAUAUCGGCAGCCUCCGAAGGCGGUGCUAAUGUGUUCACAGUUUCGUAUUUCAAGACAUCUGCUUAUCUCGCCCAAAGUCCUCAGUUGUACAAGCAGAUGGCUAUCGCGGCCGAUUUUGAUAAGGUGUUCACUGUGGGGGCGGUGUUUCGAGCUGAAGAUUCUAACACUCAUAGGCAUUUGACAGAAUUCGUGGGCCUCGACCUUGAGAUGUCCUUUAAACACCAUUACCACGAGGUGUUGGACACCAUCGCUCAAACUUUCACCGAUAUGUUCCGGGGGCUGAGGGAUCAAUUUGCGGCAGAAAUAGCGACUGUGGGCCAACAGUACAAGGUGGAACCGUUUAAGUUCCUCGACCCGCCCCUCCGCUUAGAGUUCCCUCAAGCAAUACAACUGUUGAAAGAGGCUGGUGUGACGGUAGGUGAAGAAGAUGACCUGUCGACCCCAGAUGAGAAGCUUCUAGGUCGUCUGGUGAGGGCCAAAUACGACACGGACUUCUAUAUUUUGGACAAAUAUCCACUCGCAGUGAGACCAUUCUACACGAUGCCUGAUCCCAAUAACCCGAAAGCUUCAAACUCGUACGACAUGUUCAUGCGAGGUGAAGAAAUAUUGAGUGGCGCUCAGAGAAUACACGACCCGGAGUUUCUCACUGAGAGGGCGAAACAUCAUGGCAUUGAUAUCAGCAAAAUAGCUGCGUAUAUCGAGUCGUUCAGGCUUGGCUGUCCUCCUCACGCUGGUGGCGGCAUAGGUCUAGAACGGGUGGUGAUGUUGUACCUAGGUCUAGAUAAUAUUCGCAAGACCUCAAUGUUCCCCAGAGACCCAAAACGAAUUACUCCC